AUGCGGGAGUCCAUCAAAUACAUCCAGGACGGACCACGCCCGGACACCUUGAUGAACAUCGCGCGGACAUCUCUCUCCUCGAAGUUCAUUGGCUCGGAGAGCGCGGUCUUUUGCCAGAUCAUCGUGGAUGCCGUGAAGGCUGUGAAGAUCGUGAACCCACAGGGCAAGGCCAAGUACCCUGUGAACCAGAUCAACGUGCUCCAGUCGCACGGUCAGAGCAGCCACGAAUCGGUGCUGAUUCCCAACGGCUAUGCGAUGCGGAUCAUGAGGGCUUCGCAGGAGAUGCCUGCCUGGGUUGCCCCAGCCAAGAUUGCUUUGCUGGAUUUUGACCUCAAGAAGCAUCGCAUGUCCAUGAACGUCAACAUCGUGAUCGACGACCCCGAGGAGCUCGAGCGUGUGCGGCAGAAGGAGAUGGACAUCACCAAGGAGAAGAUCCAAAAGAUCCUGGAUACUGGUGUCAAUGCCAUCUUCACCACCAAGGGUAUCGAUGACUUCGCAAUGAAGUACCUGGUUGAGGCCGGGGUCUUGGGAGUCCGCCGUGUGGACAAGAAGGACAUCAAGCGCAUUGCCAAGGUGACGGGUGCACAGGUCCUUCUGACCUUGGCGACGGCAGAUGGCGAUGAGGCCUUUGAUGCCAGCUAUGCCGGUGCUGCAGAUGAGGUCACCAACGAGCGCGUUGGUGACAACGACUUCGUGUUCAUCAAGGGAUGCAAAGCCAGCAAGGCAUGCAGCAUCCUCAUCAGAGGGGCCAACGAGUUCAUGCUGGAGGAAGCCAGCAGAUCGGUCCACGAUGCACUUUGCGCGGUCUCCCGGACGCUAGAGUCCAAUGCAGUGGUCCCUGGGGGCGGGGCCGUGGAGACCGCGGUGAGUUUGCACUUGGAGGACCAUGCUAGGACCUACGACACCUACGAGCAGUGGGCCAUCGCGGAGUUCGCUGAGGCCUUGCUGACGAUCCCCAAGACGCUGGCCAUUAACGCGGCCUUGGACGCCAUCGAUCUCCUAGCUGCUCUCCGGGUGAGGCACCACGCUUCUCAGCAGGCCUCUGACCCCAAGAAGAAAGACUACAAGUGGUAUGGUCUGGACCUGAUCAAUGGCACCGUCCGCAACCAGGUCGUCAAUGGCGUUUUGGAGCCCAUGGUUUCAAAGCUCAAGUCUUUGAAGUUCGCCACAGAGGCUGCCAUCACCAUCCUUCGGAUCGAUGAUCUGGUGAGAAUUGCCCCAGAUCCACAGGAUGAGGCACAGUAA